UAAAGCCAUAAACAAACCAACCAUAUAUUUUGGAUGGAUGCAGCGCUGAGUAAUCCUAAAUGUAAUGUGACUUAACCUUACUCUUUAAUAUUUACAUAUUUUUGACAGCCCUUACGUUUGUAGACAUCCAUUAAUUGACAGCACAAUUAUCGUAAUCAACCCACACAAAAGGGGGCGGUAUUGCAAUCUCUGCUACUCUUGUGACGUUCAUACGUUUUCUUUUCACAGUCUAUGGUUCACACACACAACAUACUACUAAUCCACGUGAGUUAAACAAUAGGAACUGAUACACGUUCAUUCUACAAAAUGUCCAAACUACAUCUGCUGAAUGUGUUUCUUACCGAGCGAUUAACAGCGGCGGCUGUUGAGAUAUUUGUGGUCGUGGAAAAAACGGUAUCAGAGUACCAGGAAGAAAUCUCCCGUUCAAAGGAGGAGAUCGAUCGUCUACGGAUGCUGCUGGAUGUCGUUACUCAACCAAAGAUACAUUUGCAUAAAGCAGAUCCCCAGCAGCUAAUACUCCCUAUCCCUGAAGAGGGGGAGCAGCAGCACUGUGAGCAGGAGUGGUGGUGCACCAGUCUGGGGCAGGAGGACCCAGAGCCCAAACAGAUUAAAGAGGAACAGGAGGAGUUUGGGACAGGUCAGGAGGAAGAGCAGCUUCAGGGUCUGGAGUCUGAUAUCAAAGAGUUCAUAAACAAUCCUUCCUUUGUGAAAAGUGACUGUGAUCAGGACCCACCUCAGCCCUCACAUCUUUACCAAAUCCAAAUGGUGGAGAAUAGAGAGAGGGAUCAUAUGAGGACACACACUGGAGAGAAACAAUAUCAGUGUAGUGAAUGUGGAAAAUGCUUCAGCCAGAAGAUAUGCCUGGAAGAACAUAUGGUGACUCACAAAAGAGAGAAACCACAUCAAUGUGAAAACUGUGGUAAAUUUUUUAGCCUCAAGCAUAACUUAACAGUCCAUAUGAGGAUACACACGGGAGAGAAACCAUAUCAGUGCAAAGAAUGUGGCAAAUGCUUUGGUUACACCAAAUCCCUGGCAAAGCAUAUGAGGAGUCAUACAGGAGAGAGACCAUAUCAGUGUUGUUAUUGUGGCAAAUGCUUCACUCAGAAGUUUAGCCUGAAAGAACAUAUUAGUAUUCACACAGGUGAGAAACCAUAUAAGUGCCCCAUGUGUGUAAAAUGCUUCAGGGCAGCACGAUUUCUAAAACAGCACCAACAGAUUCACAGAGAACAACCAUAUUGCUGACUUUUUUGUGGUUAAUGCUUCACUUGUAAGAACUGAGGAUGAGGAUGAACACAGAGUGAGAAACAUGACAUUGCUGCUUAGGGCAAAAUCUUUCUCUCACUUGUGCAGUAAGACCUUUCGAUAGUAAAAGCUGAUGUUUCAUAACCCAUCUGAGCAUGGCACAAAAGUGGAUAGUAUGUUUUGUAGAACUAGUAUUUUUAGUUUACACAGUAAGCUUUUUAAGUUUGUCCCAACAUAUGAGUCUCCCAUUUGGAUUACACCUUAAAGUCACAGCAAACUAGUACAUUGGUGUUAUCUAAAUACAUAAAGGAUGUCUACAUUUUGAUGGGAAAGUGCUUCACAUUUGAAGACAUGCUACCUUAUACCUGUAGUGGCAGGACAAACAAACCCAUCAGGUCAAUGAUCUUGGUUAAAUAUACAGUGCCUUUGCUAUGAGACUCAAAAUUGAGAUCAGUUACAUCUUGUUUACAUUGAUCAUCCUUUAG